AUGUCCAACGCAAACACAAUGCUGCAGGGCUUUGGAAGACUCGUGCGCAUUGGCCAGUCCAAGCCCGUGACCUGGCAAGCUCUCAUGGUGGACGACACUGCCUGGUCCUGGCCAGAUUCAAGAAUGUACAGAAAGGUAUAUGUCCUUCGAAGUCAGGUCUUCGGUGGCCCUGUCGAGAUUAAGAGGAGAAUUGCUAAUCUGGUCACGAAGGAGAUGCGAUUGGCCCGAAGACAGGCGACUUUCGGCUAUAGACAUGUAAUAGGGCUGUGUAUUGAGGGAAUCUGGCGGUGGGAACGAAGAAGGGAUCGAACGAUGGAAAAAGACUGCCUCACAAAGAACGGAUACAAGGAGGACAAAUGCCAGAUGGCCAUUGACGCACUGUACGAGUGCUGCAAGGCAUUUUACGACAAGCACGGUGAACAGGCAUCAUCUGUGAGCUGCCCCACGCUGGAUCUGCUGAGGCUCAAAAUGAAGCAGAGACAAGAGGCGGCCAAAAGGCCAGGCUCAAGCUAG